AUCUAGCAUCGCAUCUUAUUAAACCAUAGUUACAUCACAGACAGACACUUACAACAUGGCCGACAUGGGUGUAUUUAACAUAGAUCCAGGUCUAAAGUUAUUCCUUUCUAAAUUAAACGAACAUAACCUCCAUUCCUUCGCCAAAGUCCGUGAAGACCCUACGAACGACGAGCAGAUCGAGUUGUAUAUAUAUUGUUGUCUUUUAAUCUUCCAAAAAUCGCACUCCGAGGAACAGCUUGAGCGAGCUAUUCAGAGAGCUAAUGGUUGGCUCGCGGUUACACCUGCAGAUCACUCAGAUCAUAGUCGACGAUCUAGUAUUCUAGACACGUUAUCCACCCAGAUGCAUCAGUAUAAGUCCCAACAGAAUAUCCGCGAAGCCGCCAAAACUAUACCACAGCUACAUCCUGAUAUUUCAGGGUUUCAUCCCCAGGAUAUUGGUGUGCAAAUGCAGCCUAUGGCUAUCCAAGCGCUCAUCAUGGCACAGUCUCUAACUAAUCGAGCGAUACGCCUCGCCCAAAAUUAUACGCAGACCGGCCUUUUGGCAGACCUAGAUGAGGCUAUUGCGGUCAUGGAUCGAGUAGUAAACAUCGAAGAUGGUCUUGUCAUACCAUCUAUGUUAGGGAAUUUUGCAUCAAUGCUCCUCCAACGAUUCCUAGGUAGAAGAUUAAUCGAGGAUCUAAACCGUGCAAUUGACAACCAAUCAAAAGUUCUAGACGCCGCGUCUCCAGAAGAUCCGGAAUACUUCAAGUUCUUGCUCGGGCUUAAUUCAAUGCUUCUGCUAAAAUGCAAAGAGACAUCAUCGACGGAGGAGGACCUAGACCGAGCGAUUAAGCUUUUGUUUAAAGCGAUGGAUGCGUCACCUCGUGAUCCUAUAGAUCGCAGCCUUUGUUUGAACAAUAUUGGGUCGUCGUUGAGCGACCGGUUUGAAAAACGGGGAUCACUCAGGGACUUAGAUGAUGCGAUCAAAUUCACGACCAAGGCGGUCGAUCUCAUGCCUCAAAAUGAGCCUUACCGUGCUCUUUACUUGAGCAACCUUGCACGCCUUCUUGGCUUUCGAUUCGAUAGAACAAAAUGUGUCGAGGACAACGAUCGAGCGAUCAAGGCUGCAGCCGAUGCAGUAGAAUCUACGCCCCUUACGCAUAUCGAUCGCCUUAAGCGCUUGCGAAUCUUCAAACGGCAGCUUAAUUCGAAAUUCAAACGAACAAGUUUGAUGGAAAUACUAAAUCGUAUGAUUCAAAUUGCAACCGAAGUACUUGACCUCACACCUAGAAACCAUCCGGAUCGCGCCACCCGGUUAAGCGAUCUUGGACAUGACCUUGGUGAGCGGUUUCAGCGGACGGGUUUAAUGGAAGACUUACACCGUGCGAUCGAAAUUGUAGCUGAAGCAGCAGAUGCCACGCCUCGAGACCAUCCUGAUCAUUUUUCACACUCCCAUGCCCUUGCAAACCUGCUUUCUAGCCGAUUCGAACAUAUGGGUACAAUGGAAGACAUAGAUCGUGCAAUCGAAUUAGGGAGUUAUUUGCGGAAGGUAACACCAGAAGAUACACCAGGUUACUACCGGAUUUCUCAUAACCUUGGAACUUUUAUUACUAGGCGAUUGAAACGGAGAAAAUCAAUCAAAGACCUAGACGAUGCCAUUAAUUUGCUUAAUGUUGCAAUAAAUGGCAUACCUCAAGAUAGCGACGAUUACGUUACGGCACUAAACAAUCUUGGAAUUAUGCUCGAGACACGAUUCCAGGUGAAUGGGUCUAUGGAAGAUCUAGAUCAUGCGAUUGAAUUCUCAACAAGGGCAGCGAACGCGAUUUCUGAAGGCGAUCCACGCCGCGCUACAUGCCUAGAUAGUCUCGCGAGUCAGCUGUGCGAGAGGUUUGAACAAAAGGAGACAACCUUAAAAUCGAAAUCGGGAGUGAUUAGAGAUAUCGAGUGUAAAAUUAGGGAUUUCCUCAGUGUCAAGGUUAUGCCGUUGGAAACAUAUUUAGACCUGGGAUCACCUAACUCGGAAACAAUCGAAGAUCUAGAUCGUGCGAUCAAGAUAACAGAGACUGCAGUUAAGCUCGUCCCUCAAGACCAUCAAAUGCGUGGUUCAUUCUUAAGCAACCUUGCGAUAAGGCUUGAGUACCGAAACGAUUGGAAACCUUCGACAGAUGACUUGAGCCGCCAGUUAGAAGUUUUAGUUGAGGGAUGGCAUUGUAAUGCUUCUAUUCCAUCUAUUCGAAUGAACUCAGCUCGUAGUGCUGCCCGAAUUCUCGCAUCACAAGAAAAUUGGAAAGAAUCCAGCCGUUUAUUGAAGGGAGUAAUAUCACUACUUCCUACGAUAAGUCCGCGGUAUUUGAAUCGCGCCGACAUGCAAAGCCUAUUGGCUGACCUUUCCGGUUUAUCUUCAACCGCGGCUGCUAUUUCCAUCAACGCCGAAGAAGAGCCUCAAGAAUCUUUACGCAUUCUUGAACUUAGUCGUGGCGUUAUCGCAGGCCUAUUAAUGGAUAUGCGUGGAAAUAUUUCUGAUUUAAAGCUGAGGCAUCCUGAUUUGGCAGAUAGGUUUACGUUGCUUCGGGAUGAGCUGGACACGCCUACGGACAGUCCUGUUCCCUUCUCGCCAAUGAGUGAUCUAUCCGCCUGGGAAUCAAAGUCGAAACGAAGUCGUGAAGCAACCCGAGAGUUCGACCAAGUUGUUGAGAUAAUUCGUACCCAGCCCGGGUUCCAUAACUUUCUUCGGCAACUAUCUGCGGAGGACUUAAUUGCUGCUGCAGGUCUUGGCCCUAUUGUCAUGAUUAAUAUGGAUUCUUCAAUGAUUCCUAACCGAUCCGAUGCGUUCCUUAUCAACGGCAAUGGCAUUCAAACAAUAAACUUGCCGGGGUUGACGAAUUACGAAGUUACAAACAGAACCCAGAAUCUGGGACCCGCCUCCGAUCUAACAUCUUUAUUAGAAUGGCUCUGGCAUAUUGUUUGCCGUCCAUGUCUAGAUGCACUCGGCUUCAAGGGGCCUGUUGUCGAUAAUAAAUGGCCUCAUGUUUGGUGGAUUCCCACUGGCUCCCUUAGUCAACUACCGUUUCACGCGGCUGGCAUCUAUACAAGCACUUCCAAGGAAACUGUUUUAGAUAGGGUUAUAUCAUCAUAUGCAUCGUCAAUCAGAGAAUUGAUACAUAAUCGUCAACGAUGUUCCCAAGAUACGGUCGAAGAUUGCCAAGCCGAUUCUGCUCUUUUAGUUGCAAUGCAAAAUACGCCGGGACUCUCUACGCCUGGGGAUCUUCCGUAUGCUGGCAAAGAAGUAGACAUACUGAGCAAGCUCUGUCCAUCACUUCGGCUCAAUAUAGUCACACCACGACGAUCCAAAAGCGAUGUUCUAAAGCAUUUGCAGAGAUGCAAGUUGUUUCAUUUUGCGGGUCACGGUAGGUCAGAUCUAAAGGAUCCCUCGAACAGCUUUCUAUACCUUGAAGAUUGGGAGCACGACCCCCUAACCGUAGAGAACCUCCGCGAAAGUCGCCUUCACGAGAAUCCACCUUUUCUUGCAUAUCUCUCUGCUUGUUCAACGGGCACUAACAAGGUGAAAUCUUUAUCCGACGAAGGGAUCCAUCUUGUCAGCGCCUUCCAGCUAGCUGGAUUUCGACACGUUGUCGGAACACUUUGGGAAGUGUCAGAUAAACACUGCGUUGAUAUAGCAAGUGUACUUUACGAAACGCUACGAGACGAAGGCAUGACGGAUAUCGCAGUUAGUCGAGGACUGCAUUUCGCGAUUAGAGCACUCAGAGAUAAACGGAUGGAGAAAGGUAAAGAGACGAGAGAUGCCAAGGUACUUAAGUUUGGGGCACCGGCAGCGCGGAGUGUAAUGGAUUAUUUCUGGGUUCCAUAUGUGCAUUUUGGUGCUUAGUGCGAUAUUUGAUUUAAUUUGGGGCUUAAGCGUUGCGUUGUGGUUUGCGUUAGAGAUGAUUGAUCGAUAGGCACAUUUAAUGAGUUUUAUUUUAAUAGCAGCUAGUAGAGAGGCAAUUCGAAUUUGUAUACACUCGGCUUUUACUAGACUGUAA